AUGCGGAGUAACGAGAGCAGAUACUCGAGGCUACCGACACGAAAUAAUACCACGACAACAGAGUUUGAACGAGGUACUUCAAGAGACUCAGGCGUCGCUAUGAGCGACUCCGGAUCCAUCAACGAGAAGAUCGCGGCGGAGCAUGACAGCAAACGACUACUUCCAACCCGUAUGAACCCACGUAUCAUCAGCGACGCAACAAUAGGUCUCAGUGACGGCCUCACGGUCCCUUUCGCCUUGACAGCCGGCCUCUCGGCUCUCGGAGACACGAAUGUAGUCAUCUACGGUGGUCUGGCUGAGCUAAUUGCGGGCGGUAUCUCAAUGGGACUCGGAGGAUAUCUAGGUGCUAAAAGUGAAGCUGAGGCUUACCAGGCCGCUCUUUCCGAGACGAAAGCCAUUGUCGCGGAGGAUCAGCAGACUGCUUCUAGCCUUGUCAGAGGCACAUUCACUCACUACGACUUCUCGGAACGUGUGCUGGAUGAGAUGACAGAAAGCCUGCGGGCUUCGCCACCGGAUAUGGUCGAUUUCUUGAUGCGAUUUCAUCACCAGCUUACGGAAGCUGACUAUGCACCGUCCCGAGCAUAUAUUUCUGGUUUGACCAUCGCGCUGGGAUACGUUCUUGGUGGACUGGUGGCUUUGUUACCAUACCUCUUCAUGUCCAGUAUCCAAAACGGCUUCUACGGGUCGGUUCUCGUCAUGGCGAUUGCGCUGUUCGCCUUCGGUUGGGCCAAGACUUCGCUUGUCGGUGAGGCGAACCGCAUGACUUGUCUGCAGAACGGCAUGCAAAUGCUUGUCUUGGGUGCUGUCGCUGCUGGAGCAGCCAUGGGAUGUGUCAAGGCCAUUGGCUGA